UUUGGGGAAGGGCACGAGACCUGGAGGAGCGGAGUUGUAAACUAAAGCGCGUGCAUGUUUCAGCACCAAUACCGCGUGGAUAGCAGCCAAACGGACGGAGCAGAUAGACACAGUUGUUAGGUCGGUUAGCUUGUUUAUGUCGUGCGGUUUUUGAUAGUCGCUGUUGUUAAAUUGACGAAAGAUAAACUUUUUUAGCAGCGGCUGUGGCUCCUCAGGCGGCGAGGCUUUAGCUUUGUUUGCCUCGGCGGCAAAAAAGCUGCGUCUCGAUUGAAAAGGAAGUAUAAAAAUCCAAAUUUUCUUCAACAUUAUUUCGAAUUAGCUUUUAUUUGUAGGGGUUCGACGAAGACCAGAUGGCUGCAAGCUACGGAAAACAAAGGUGAUUUUUUAAAACACUUUUCACCCCAGCCGGUUCGGUCCAGCCAGCGGUUGAGCAAGUGGUGUUUUUAAGCCACAUUCCAGCCCGCUCCCACCGCUUUGCCUCUAUUGUGAGAGCAUCUCUGCCGCCCGUGAUCCCGCGCUCACACCUGCCUCCCACCCCCCUCUCCACUCCACUCCACGGCUGUGUUUUUCGGCUGCUUCGUUGAUUCACUCCACAUUCCAAAUGAUGUGUUCUCGGGUUUGGUUCGUGACCGACCGGCGGAUCAGCCAGGAGUACCCCCAGGUCCAGAUCCUCCGGGCUCUGAAGGAGCGCUGCGCCGACGAGGACGUUGAAUUCCGCUACCUUCUCAUGGAUCAGAUCGUGCUGACGAUCAGCGAAGGCCAGCUAGGUCUGCGAGUGGAGCAGGAGUUGGUGACGUCUUACCCUCAGGUGGUUGUAGUGCGGGUCCCCACGCCCUGGGUUCAGUCUGACAGUGACAUCACCGUGCUGCGCCACCUGGAGAAGAUGGGCUGCCGACUGAUCAACCGGCCCCAGGCUAUUCUCAACUGUGUCAACAAAUUCUGGACCUUUCAAGAACUGGCCGGCCAUGGGGUCCCUCUUCCUGACACCUACUCUUACGGGGGACACGACAACUUCCGUAAGAUGAUUGACGAGGCAGAGCCGCUGGGAUACCCAGUGGUGGUGAAGAACGCUCGCGGCCACAGAGGCAAGGCUGUGUUCCUGGCGCGUGACAAACACCACCUGACAGAUUUGUGUCACUUGAUUCGCCACGAUACCCCCUACCUGUUUCAGGAGUACGUGAAGGAGUCUCACGGUCGUGACGUGCGAGUGGUCCUGGUGGGCGGACGUGUUAUUGGCUCCAUGCUUCGCUGCUCCACCGAUGGACGCAUGCAGAGCAACUGCUCCCUGGGUGGUGUGGGGAUGAUGUGCCCUCUGAGUGAGCAGGGCAAGCAGCUGGCCAUUGAGGUGUCCAACAUCCUGGGCAUGGACGUGUGCGGUGUGGAUCUCCUGCAGCUCAACGACGGCUCGUUUGUCGUCUGCGAGGCCAAUGCCAACGUGGGCUUCAUCGCCUUCGACCAGGCCUGCGGGAUUGACGUGGCGGGGAUUAUAGCUGACUUUGCCCUUUCAACGCUCCCAAGCCGCCUGACUCGGAAGAUGUCCCUACUGUCCGUGGUGUCCAGCACCAGCGAGACCAGCAGCGAGCCCGAGGUUUGCAUGGUGAACACCAGCGGGGGCUCCCUGCCAGAGGCUGUCUGCAACAUGAGCGUGGGUUCCUCCUCCAGCGAGAGCGACCCAGAGUUGGCCGAGCCCUCGCAAUCGUCGCCUCGUCACUCCUCAGCCUCCGACCUCCCCGAUCUUCCCGACGCAGCUUACAACUUUAACACCCUCCUAGCCAAUGAGAUCAAGCUAUUGACUGAGUGAGAAUUCAUUCACACUCCCCCUACGCAACACACAUCAAACACAUACAGUACAUACACUUGUAAAAUCACACAUAGAAAAAAAAAACACUCCGAAACAAAUAAUCAUAAUUUCUGUGCAAAAAAAAAACAGCUAAGAGAAACAAAAGAACAUUGUGACAGCAACAUCUAAACACAAGCCUUCACCUGUUGAGAUCUACGGCUGCUCCCCUGAUUCUCUUUUCUUUGCAUUUUUUCUUGAAAUCCCUUAAAGGUAUCUAAAAUCAGGGUAUGCUCUCAACUAAUCUUAACAGCAUACAGCAUAUGAGAUAUCAGCCAAAACUGGCCUCUGCUAGUGUGUAUUAUUUUAUUUUGUAUGGUUGAAGAAUUUCAUUAAAUGCCAUGUAUUUAAACAUCCUCACAAUGUAAAAAAAAAAAAAAAGAUCUGAAAGGUUCUGCUGACGCGGUUAUCUUUGGUCGAUGCUGGGCAAAAUGAAGUAUUUCUAAGUUGAAUGUACCCUCAAGCUAGGCAUGUCACUCCGUCAGUUACAAUUUAGUCAUAAAGUGUUCAUGAAAAGGGCAGAAAAGACGGGGACCUGAAUGAAGGUGUGCAAACUUUAUAUCAGCAAUUUGCUGUCCUGUUCUGCUAGGACUCAAAAAUUAAAAAAUUAAUUUCCAACAUUUUAGGUUCCAUUGUGUUGGAUUACCAGCAGCAGCCAUCUGCUUUUUCUUAAGGAAAACAUGAAAUGCCUAGCACUUUACUAAAAGCGUUUUGUCUUUUUAUCUCUUAGUGACAUAUUUAGGAAGAAUGAGACCGUUUUUAAGCUGUUUCAUUACCUGAAAGCAAAGUAUACCUCAAAACAGAGAUGUCUCACUGCCAUAGGACAUCCCAAACACAUACAGAACAUAUCAGCUUAGGCUCUACUCACCUUCUAAACCAGGUGUUCCUUCCUCUCAUGUCUAGGACCUAAAAUAUCAUUGUAUUUUAUGUCUGUUAUAUAUUUUUUGUUAUUAAUUGAGAUAUCAAAAUUAGUUUAAGCAUAGUAGUAUGCAGCUGAUAAAACUGGAACAGAGAGAAAAAAGGCCAACUUUGCUGUUGUUGUGAUCUACUGUGGAUAAACUGGAUUGUACAGACCUGUGAUUUUAAGAGACUCAAGCUGCAAUUAGGUUGGGCAGUUGUGGAUUGGGUUAGUUCAGUCAUGUAAUUAUAGAUUUUUAUCAUUCCAUUAAUUUGCUGUUAGUUGUUGAAGACACCCACAUUUUAAAAAAGAAAACAAACAAAAAAAUAUUUCUUUAAAGUUGUAUUCAACAGAUUUUUUUUUCUUAAUGGAGGAAAGAGACAAACUAAAACAGCUGCCAAGACUUUAUUGUUUACAGCUUUUGUUCCUGUGGAUUUUACUUGUGUGUACCUGGUGACAGUUAAGGCAGAUGCAUGAGGUAUGAAGCAGUAUUCCAUGACUUAGGGAACAUUUUCAGGCCAACUCUGAUCAAAAGCACAAAUAUAAACCCUGAAUCGUCCACGUAGCUCUCUUUAGGCUCGUAACUCUUUCUGUUGAACACAACUCAGGGAAGCAGCCUGGAUCUCAGUCCUGACCCUUCCUUAAAACAUGUCAUAAACAUAACACAUACUUACAUGUAGACCAAAAAGAUAAAAAAAA